ACUUGAAUCCAAAGGAGAUCCUGAGAUGGAGGGGAAGAGCCGUCUGCCGGAGGUGACCAUCGACCCGGCGCCGGGAGUUGGCGCCGCCGUGGACGCGGGGAAGGCGGCGGGCAAGGAGCCUACCAGCCCGGGCACGCCGUCCUCGGUGGACGCCGGCCGCCGCAGCGGCAAGGAGAGGCGCGCGGAGGACUGCGUGCCCCUGCCCGGGUGGAAGCUCGACGCCCUCUGCCAGGAGUCCUGCCCGUCGCCGGCCAUGAGGGCGCGCUUCCCCUACUUCUGAAAGCCGCCCGCGCGCUCGCUGCCGGUGACGGCGCUCGCUGCAGGCUUAGUUUCAAUCAAGCGGCAAAGCCUGGUGGUUUGAAUGCCUGAUGAUGUUCCUGGGCGUCGUCGUCUCCUUGACAUGAUUUACUUUUUGUGCAUGCACAUAUGAAUCCAUCGAGCUCGGAGCUUUUCGUGUGUCUUUUCAGUGCUCAGAUGCACAAAUGAUGAACCAUCAGUCGGUUGUAUGACUGUAUAUAUGAUAAUCUGAAACAAUCGCAAGCACAGUGCUGUAUCCCUCAGUAAAUGUAUUUCCCAUAAACCCAUGUCCCGUGGCAUGCAACUCAUGUACAAGUACUACCUUGUAGCAAGCCUUUACAUCGUGUUUGAGCUACCA